GUCUGUCUGCUGCACACAACGUGUGCCAAAUACAUGUACUUUGUGCAUGCAACAAAUACUGCAAUAAUAGCUGGCUACGUGGUAGGUUGCCUGCCGCGCCUAUGGUGAAUUUAGCACCGAACGUGUGUGUAAAUGUGUCUGCAUUCAUAUCAUUAUUUGCACACUUUGGGAAACAACACUUUGGCUCAGAAUAGUGUGGUUGAAAUAAGAUAAGAUUAGUUCUUACAUUUUGGAUCAUUACGUUGGAUCUCUACACAGUAGUGACUUGCAAUCAUGGCAAGCAAACUGAAGGGAAUUUUCCAUCGUAAGCACGCUGCGCCCAGUGCGGAACGCCAGAAGCUACAGAAGGAGCUUUUUGCCUUCAACAAGACUGUUGAACAUGGAUUUCCUCACAAGCCAAGUGCUCUGGCCUAUGACCCCAAGCUGAAGCUGCUCGCUCUAGGCACCCAGAAUGGAGUCAUCAAGAUAUACGGAGCUGCUGGCGUGGAGUUUAUCGGUGUCCAUGAAGGAGAGAGUGCAGUGUGGCAGCUUUUCUUCCUCCCUGAGCAGGGCCGCAUCAUCAGCCUGCUCCAAGACAACAGUCUGCACCUGUGGGAGGUGAACAUCAAGGAUGGAAACUCAGUCCUUGAAGAAGUCAAGUCAACCUCCUUGGAAGGAAGACUCAAGAAGAUCUCCGUAUGCUGUCUAUCAUCGGACUGCAAGAUCCUGUACCUGGGCACGGAGGGUGGUAACAUCUACCUGUUGAACGUGGCCACUUUCGACAUGGAUGAGCUCAUCAUCUACCAGGACGUCGUCAUGCAGAAGUUACGUGAUUCCUCCUCCUCCUUCAGCGUUCCCGAUGACUACAAGGUCAACCCUGGCCCAGUAGAGGCCAUCGCCCAGCACCCGACCGACGAGGAGAAGUUUUUGAUUGGAUACAACCGGGGUCUGAUUGUCGUCUGGCACCCGAAGGAACUGACUGCGGAAAAGACAUUUGUGAGCAACCAGCAGCUUGAGUCUCUGUGCUGGCAUCGUGAUGGACUGCGCUUUACCAGCGCGCACAAUGACGGCAGCUACUGCGUGUGGAAUGCGCAAGAUUCAUCGGCGCCGGAGAAGGAACCCGUCAUCCCAUACGGGAGCAAGAAUAGUCCAUUAAUAGACGGGGAAGAAAUGAAUGGACCAUUCCCGUGCAAGGCCAUCAGUAAGCUGAAGUACCUGACAACCAAGAGUGACCCGUUCAUGAUCUUUGCCGGUGGAAUGCCCCGUGCUAGCUACGGUGACCGCCACUGUGUGACUGUCAUGCAAGGCAACAAGCAUGUUGUCUUUGAUUUCACAUCCAAGGUGAUCGACUUCUUCACAAUGUCCGAUGUGGACUCAGUGUACGAGUUUGACGAGCCUCACACCUUGGUUGUUUUGGUUGAAGAGGAGAUUGUCUUCAUUGACCUUGAGACUGAUGGAUGGACAACUUUCAAUCUGCCAUACCUGUCAUCCCUGCAUGCCUCUGCUAUUACCUGCCAGCAACAUAUCAGCAAUGUCCCUAGUGAGCUGUGGGAUAAGAUCACCGCAGCCGGUGAGCAGCAGAUGGCUAGCACCACCUCACAGAGGGAUUGGGCGAUGAGCGGCGGUAAGAACCUAUCGGAGCCUAGCACACCUCAUGAUCUCUUGAUGACCGGUCACGAAGACGGUACCGUGCGCUUCUGGGACGCCUCUACCAUCUCCCUGAAAUUCCUCUACAAACUGACCACUGCCUGCGCCUUUGUGACCGAAGCCGAUCACGCUGACGCCGGAGCCGGCGAGACUGAGGGAGAGUGGCCACCAUUCCGCAAGGUUGGCAAUUUUGACCCCUUCAGCGAUGACCCUCGUCUGGGUAUCCAGAAGAUUGUGUUGUGCCCCAUGAGUGGCACCUUGGUCUUGGGUGGAACAGCCGGCCAAGUCAUCAUGCUCAACAUCGGCACUGAGGAAGUGGAGAAGACUCUAGAGACCUACCCGAUACAGAUCGUCGGUGAACAGGACAAGUUUGUCUGGAAGGGACACGAGUCCCUGGCCGUCAAGGAAGACUCCCUGAAGUUUGCCCCUGGCUUCCAGCCAGGCAUGAUCCUCCAGGCCCAGCCUCCUGCCUCCAUCACCGCCCUGGCUCUCCAGAGCAGCUGGGGUCUCAGCACCCUCGGCACCAGCCACGGCUUUGCCCUCUUCGAUAACAUCCAGAAGAAGAUGAUCAUGGCGCACUGCACCCUGAACCCCAAUGACCUGUCGUCAACCGGGCAGCCCAUGACACGUAAACGCUCCAUGGCAAAGUCUCUACGCGCCUCCAUCAGGAGGUUGAGGAAGAGGAGACAGGGUGCUGGAGGAUCACCCAAGAAGGAGAAACCAGAGGGGGCUGCAGGUGGAUCGGGUGAAGGUGUGCCCACCACAGACAUUGAUGUUGAUAAGUCCGAGGGUAAGGAAGACAGUGGCGCCAAGGCCAGCCCAACCCGUGAGCUUGCCCAGGGUGAACGUAAGAUUGAAGCCAGAGGAGAUGACACUAAAACCAGCAUGGUGCGCUAUCUCUACUUUGCCAACACCUUCGUGCGUGACAGUCAAGUAGCAACCCCAUCUCUGUGGUGUGGAACCAACGCUGGGUCCAUCUACAUCUACGUGGUUGGAGUUCCUUCAUCUGACAAUAGAACACAAGACGCAGUCACUGCAGAAAUCACUAAGGAGAUCAGGCUGAAGCACGCUGCCCCCGUUGUAUCUCUGGUGGUGAUAGACAGCGAUGCAUACCCCUUGCCAGAUCCCAUUGAUGUACAGAACGAGAGAGCAAAGCCUCCCAAUAUGAGCGGUCACAAUCUCAUCGUGUGCUCAGAGGAACAGUUCAAGGUUUUCCACCUGCCUAGCUUGAAGCCGACCCGUAAGACCAAACUGACUGCUCAUGAUGGAUCCAAGGUCCGCAAAGUCAACUAUAUCAACUUCAGGAGCCGAAGUGAUGACAACUACUCGGAGAACUGCAUCAGUUGCCUGACCAACCUUGGUGAGCUAGCUAUCUACAGCAUUCCAGCCUUGAAGAAACAACUUGGAUUCUCAGCCCUGCGCAAGGAGAAUGUUGCUGGAAUACAGUCUCUCAUCUUCACAUCCCGUGGGGAGGGAUUCUAUCUUCUCUCCCCAUCAGAGCUGGAAAGGUUCUCCCUAUCUGCUCGUUACUUCACCGAGCCGAUGUGCAUGUUGGAUCUGCCCGAGGGCAUGCGUCCCCCUCCCCCAGAGCCUGAGCCAGAACCUGAACCAGAACCAGAGCAAGCUGAGGAGGUAGUGGUUCCACCUGUCGAUGGACACCCCAUCGCUGAGGAAGCACCUGCAGCUGAGGAAGCCGCAGAGACCAAAGCAGAGCCUGCCGCUGAGCCCGCUGCUGCUGAUGCUGCUGCUGCUGAUGCUGCUGCUGCUGCUGAGCCAGAGGCUGCUGCUGCUGUUGUUGUUGAAGAGGAGACCGAUAUGGAUGACCCAAUGGCACAGAGCUCCCCAAUGGUGAUCACCACAACUGGCUCGUCCACUGUGAUGACCUCUAGUACCACUGUAGUCAAAACUUCAAGGACGGUCAUCUCUUCCAGCUCAUCAGGAGGCGGUCAAGCAACUACUACUACCACACAGGAGACCUUCGUCAGUAGCAGCGGAGAUCACCAGACAGCUGACGAACUCCAUAAUGAAGUGGAUGAACUCCUAGCUAAGAUCCCCAACAUCAGCGUGAACAUUGAGGGCGACACAGAGGAAAACCCCGACAUCACUCUGGAUGAGGUCAAAGAAUACAACAAAGACGACCAAGCCGGUGACGUGAAUUCUGCCGACAAUGCAGCCGAGAGUCAUGAAGGAAAAGGAGUGGUAGAAUUACAGAUAACGGAGGAAACUGACUGAGGUGGAACUGCCUGUUUGUUGUUUCAAGUCAAGAAUUUCCAAGUCGUCGUCAUCUUGGCACAGCGUCUUUUAGUUUAGCGACAUUUGAGUAUACAAUUUUUUCAAUUAAAUUUUUCUUUUGUUUUAAAACUUACUGAAAGUACUGUUACAUUAUUUGGUAGAAAUUGCAAUUGUCAAACAAUAAGAAAUAUUCCUUCAGAGUUGAGAUGGGAUUUAAAUUGAAGCAAGCAAUUAGCUUUAGAUGGAAGCAGAACAUGUAGAGUGUUGGACUGAAAUCAGUCAGGGAGUGAAAUAACAAUCAAUUGCGAGAAUGUUAAGAUUUAAGGAUGCUUUUAUGAAAAGCGGUUUGUUCUAGUACUAUUGGCUUUAAAAAGCUUAAGUUUCCGCACUGGGUUUAGCUUGAAUGUGUAGUUAUGGUGACACGUUUUAACCAGCUGUAACAGCAGAGUUAAAAUAAAAAAAAAACACACACACUACAGCCAGCGGUUGAUCUGUAGGACCAAAGAGUUGGAUUCGAAAUUUUAUUGUCCAUUUUCCAUUUUCCAGAAUUUGGUCAUGUGAUUUAAAAUGAGAAGGAGUUUUUGGGGGUUAUGACUGGAUUGGUGUUGAAUUUUUAAAUGAAUUUUUGACUGGAUUUAAAUUUUCUUGCUUGUGAUCAUGUUUAUGGUCAACUUGUUUACCCGAAAAUGAAACUGUGAAUUAAAAAAAAACCUCUAUCUUGGUUAUUGAAAUUGAAAAUAAAAUAAACGAAUGUAGUACUUGUUUCAAAUUUUUGCUAUUUCAGUCAUCGUUGUGCUUGUGUUAAAAAAAAAAAAAAAAAAAAAAAAAAAGGGAGGGGAAAAGUGGUGAAGAAGAACAUUGUGACUUUGUCUGGGAUUGAAGUCUGCCUUUCUAUUUGUGACUCAAAGUGUAGCUGUAGAUGUAGUCAAACUAAAUGUUAUAAGUACAUUUCUUCAUGGUCUUGUAUGAACUAUUCUUAAAUAGUUAAAUAAAAAGAAAUCGGGGGCCAAUUUUGUUUUUCCUUUUUCACAAGGCGAUUUUUUUAUUGAUAACCCAUUCCUGGUUUUCCUGUGCAGAUGUUUGAAUAUUUAGAGAACUGCACAUUUUUCUUGAGAUUUUUUUCUUUUGGGUGAUUACAAAUACAUUCUUGACCAGAUGUGAUGUGAGAUCAUUGUGAUCACGAUUUUAUAAACUUUUAAGAUUUCAAAAUGAAUAACUUUUGUCUGGGUUUGGCUUUUAAGCUGACACAAUACGGAGCCUCGGCUAAAUUUAGUUUAGAUGUUACUGUGUAGCAUAAAGGGAUAUGAGUGCAGUCACCCAUACCUUGCUUGUAUUAGUAUAGUAUGGUCAUAAAGAGUCGAGUAUAACUUACUGUUCUCAGUGUUAAGGAUGCACCUCUAAUUAAUGUACUAUAUUAAUAAACCUUCUUUAGAGUACUUCUUUAGGAUAAUGAUUACUUGAAAGAUUCGGUAGUUUCUACAACUUUAACGAUUCAUUCACUGUAAGUCCUUUCAUGAUGUGAUGAGCACUUGUGUUCUUCUUAAUUUUUUUUUUUUUUAUAUAACUCUUUUUUUGUGAAGUGCCACUAUCUUUUUUUGGAUUACUCCCUUUAUGUUGCCUUAUGGAAUGAAAACCUGUAUAAAGUAUGUCAUUCAGAAACUAGACGGUUUGAUGGGGGUUUGGUGUGGAAAGCUGUGCGUUGGGGUUGGGGUCGGGGAAGGGAAAGUGGUGAUAAUAGGGGGGGGGGUGUCCUGAAUCCGAUCCUAGGAUCUAGUUAUCGGACUCUCCCCCUGGAGUAUGCGUUUUUGUAUUCGUAUUCAUGAGAAUAGGCUGGACUGAGAUUUAACAAUUGGACAUAUGUAAUUAUUAAAUAUUAUGUGGUCUUGAAUGUCGCAGUUUUCUGAUUAGAGAUUGUAUGUUAACAAGAGAAGAGAAAAACCUAGUUAAUCCAUAGUGUAGACAAAAGAGUUGCAGUUAUUCAAAGGUAUUCUGAUUGGGAGCACUUGUAACCCUUUGGGGUAUAUGGUUGGUGACAUUGACCCUGUGAGCUUAAAUAUUGUGUAGACCGGGUGUCAUUGUCACUAAGAGACCGGUACCAAUCGGGUACUGUACUAACCCUUUGGUUCCUGAUUGGGGUAUUUCAUGAAUGCUGGCUCUGAUCGGGGUACUGUAUUGACUCCUUGCACCAACGUCACAUGCAGCUACUGUUCUCAGGGGUCGUCAUUUUGGGAUUCAAAUUGUGCGUAAUUAUAUGGUUAUUGUGGAAACACUGUGAGGCCUAAAAUGCGCACUUCACUGUAUAGCACACAGGAACAUUGACUCCCACAAUGGUGGAACCAAGAUUAUUGUGCUGACGACCUCGGGUGAAUUGGGUCAAUAAGAUUAGCCCAAAGGGGGUAUACAUUUGGUGAUAUUCAUCCUUCGAGCAUAACUAAUGCAAAAAAGCCCCCAUCGGGUCAUUAAAGCCCCCUUGGAGAUCAAGAUUCCUGUUUGGGUGACAAUAUACCCCAUUCGGGAUAGGUUGUACUGGGGACAGUAUCCCGAUCGAAUGAACAUUCAGAUGAAUGGCGACAAACAACUAACCAAUGUAUGUGCAGUAGAUGAUGUAUACGUGUUGGCCUAUAUGAAAUAUAAAUGUUCGGUAAAGCUGUAAUUUUACUGUUGUAUUCUUGUAGCUAAUAAUUAAAGCGAUUUCAUGUCGGGAGAAAGGUUCUUGCUUGCGCUAAACAGCAGAAUCGUGUUUAAAAAAAAAUAAAAAAUUACAAAAAAUCACAUCUUGUUUUUUGAGACUGUCAAAAUUGGCCUUAUUCCUGGUUUUCUUUUUUAAAGCGCAGUGCAAUUUAUGCAUACAUAUCUUUAAAAUUAACAAUCUUUUUUGCGUAUCUUGGUAAUAAAAAAACCUUAACAGCACGGUAGAUUCUAUACUUCUAGCAAUCAGCCUGUAUUAUUCCACCUUUUAGAUUAUGGUAUUCUUCAGAAUAAAACUUUUAUAAUUUUCAUUUUAUAAGCACUUUGGUAACAAUGAAGCUGUACAACUAGGAUUGCUCACAAUGCUAUCCAUCACAUAGUGACUAUAGUAACUAUACACAAAACACCGUGUGUUUUUUUUUGUUAAGAAGCUAAAAUAUUCUGUGAUGACAUUUUGAACUGACGUUAGUUCCCUGUAGUGUUUAGGGCUUGUUUAAACCUAAAAGCAGAUCAUUUUUCUGGCUGUGUAUUUGAUGUACAUCGGUGUGUCCGGUUAUUAUAAGAAAUAAAAAAUAAAACAUUCCUAUGCUGUGAUGUUUAAUUAA